GUUAGAAAAGGAGAAAAAAAAAAUUAUUAAACCGUUUUGCUUGGAGUUGACAUUUUUCAACGUGUUUUCAAGUCAAUGACUAUUUUAUUAUUAAAUAAUUAAUUUUAUUAAUUGAAUUAUUUUAUAAAUAAUUUAGCUUAAAUUGCUUGGUUAUUAUAUUUUUUUUUUUUCGAAAAGAAAAUACAAUUUUUUUUUCGAGAUAAACAGAGAGAAAGCGUCUCUUUUUUGUUUAAUUAAAAAUUAAUAUUUUUAUCAAUUAAAUAUUGUGAGGAUUUAAUUGACAUUAAUUUUUAAUUUUAAAUAUAAAUUAUUGACACAACAACAACAACAACAAUGUCUCAUUUGAGGUAUCAAAAAGAAUUGAGUAACAUAACCCGCAUGGAUGAUGCUAUUAAAGGACCUUUACCAAGAUGGCAAAAAAAAUGUUUAGAAAAUUCAAGUUCAAGCAUCAAUGUUAGUAUGAGUAAUAUGACCUUAAAUAAUUCAAGAAAACCAUCAAAUAAUUCAAUUGCAAAUAUACCAACUGGUAAAACACCAACAAAACGUACUGAAUUAAAAGUUAAAAAAACACCAAAUAAAAGUGCUAAAAAAUCACCAAGUCGUUCAACAACUCCAACAAGUGGUGCUGAUAGAUUUAUACCUUCAAGAUCAACAACAAAUUUUGACUAUGCUUAUCACAAGCUACAACAACACAACAACAAUAAUAAUAAUACUGAUCAAGAAAGUGAAAAAUCUGAUAAUACAAGUCCAUCAAAAAAAGAAAUGCAACGUUUAAUUAGUGAAAAUAUACAUGGUACAGAUAUUAGUAAUAUGAGAGUAUUGUCAUAUGCAAAUAAAGCACCAGCACCACCAGAAGGUUAUCAAAAUCCAUUACGUGUUGUUUAUAGUCAAACUAAAACACCAGCAAGUGUUAAAACAUCAAGUCGUUAUAUACCACAAGCACCAGAUCGUAUACUUGAUGCACCAGAAAUUGUUGAUGAUUAUUAUUUAAAUUUAAUUGAUUGGUCGCCAGAAAAUAUAUUAGCUGUUGCACUUGCUGGUAAUGUUUAUUUAUGGAAUGCAGCAACAGGUACAAUUGAACAAUUAUUUGAACUUGAUGGUAAUGAUUAUGUAUGUUCAGUAUCAUGGAUACAAGAAGGACCAUAUUUAGCUGUUGGUUUAACAAGUGGUAAUACUGAAUUAUGGGAUUGUAGUCAAAUGAAACGUGUACGUAUUAUGAAUGGACAUGCAUCACGUGUUGGUUCAUUAGCAUGGAAUGGUCAUGUUAUAACAAGUGGAUGUAGAUCUGGACAAAUAAUACAUCAUGAUGUUAGACAAAGAGAACAUAUUAUUGCAACAAUACCAAAUGCACAUGCACAAGAAGUAUGUGGUUUAAAAUGGUCACCAGAUGGUAAAUAUUUAGCAAGUGGUGGUAAUGAUAAUAUGUUACAAAUAUGGCCAACAGUUAGUGGACAAAAUCAUACACAUACACAACCAAUAUAUUCAUUUAAUCAACAUCAAGCUGCUGUUAAAGCACUUGCAUGGUGUCCAUGGCAAACAAAUAUAUUAGCAAGUGGUGGUGGUACUGCUGAUAGAACAAUACGUUUUUGGAAUUGUAAUAAUGGAACAUGUUUAAAUACCAUUGAUACACAAUCACAAGUAUGCUCAUUAUUAUGGUCAACAACAUAUAAAGAAAUUAUAUCUGGUCAUGGUUAUGCACAAUGUCAAUUAACAAUAUGGAAAUAUCCAUCAAUGAAUAAAGUUGCUGAAUUAACUGGACAUACUAGUCGUGUAUUACAUCUUGCAAUGUCACCAGAUGGUACAACUGUAUUGAGUGCUGGUGCUGAUGAAACAUUACGUUUAUGGAAAUGUUUUCAACCAGAUCCACACAAGAAAAAAGAAACAACUGAAAUUAAAUCUGUUGCAUCAAAACUCAAACAAUCUAUACGAUAAUCUCUCUCUCUAGCUUUUUCAAUUGAUCAUCAUUUAAUUUAUUAUUAUUUUUAUUUUUUGUAUUUGUAAUUGAUUGGUUUUUUUUUUUUUUCAAUGACUUUCAUGUAGUUAUUAUAUAUUAAAAUUGCAAAUAAAUAAACAAUUUUUUGAAUGUUAGAUUUAAGUUAAAUGCUCAGAUAAUUUUGAGUAUAUAUUUUCAUUUUUUUUUUUUAAAUAAAACAAUGCAUUCCUUGAA